GGCAGCAGCCUUCCCAGCCACCGCGGCACAGGAGCCCCAGCAACUCGGUCGCCGGGACUCAAGCGGACCCCCAAGAUGCCAGCGGUCGCGGUGCUCACAGCGGUCGCCGCGGCGUGGUGCUUUCUCCAAGUGGACAGCCGGCACCUGGACGCGCUCGCAGGCGGCGCGGCCCUCAACAACGCCAAUUUCCUAGACAAUGACCAGUGGCUGAGCACCGUCUCCCAGUAUGACCGUGAUAAGUACUGGAACCGUUUCCGAGACGAUGACUAUUUCAGAAACUGGAAUCCCAACAAGCCCUUCGAUCAAGCCCUGGACCCAUCGAAGGACCCUUGUCUGAAGGUGAAAUGCAACCCUCACAAAGUGUGUGUGACCCAGGAUUACCAGACAGCCCUGUGUGUCAGCCGCAAGCACCUGCUGCCCAGGCAGAAGAAGGGGAAUGUGGCUCACAAACACUGGGUUGGACCUUCAAACCUGGUUAAGUGCAAGCCCUGCCCUGUGGCACAGUCAGCGAUGGUCUGCGGAUCUGAUGGCCACACGUACACAUCCAAGUGCAAAUUGGAAUUCCACGCUUGUUCCACAGGCAAAAGCCUCAGUUCCCUCUGCGAUGGGCCCUGUCCGUGUCUGCCUGAGCCUGAGCCUGAGCCACCGAAACCCAAGGCAGAAAAGAGUGCCUGCACAGACAAGGAGCUGAGGAGCCUCGCUUCCCGGCUGAAGGACUGGUUCGGGGCUCUCCACGAGGAUGCCAACAGAGUCAUCAAGCCGACCAGCUCUGACACAGCCCAAGGCAGGUUUGACACCAGCAUCCUGCCCAUUUGCAAGGACUCCCUGGGCUGGAUGUUCAACAAGUUGGACAUGAACUAUGACCUCUUGCUGGACCACUCGGAGAUCAACGCCAUCUACCUAGACAAGUAUGAGCCCUGCAUCAAGCCUCUUUUCAACUCCUGCGACUCCUUCAAGGACGGCAAACUCUCCAACAAUGAGUGGUGCUAUUGCUUCCAGAAGCCAGGAGGUCUCCCUUGCCAGAAUGAAAUGAACAGAAUUCAGAAGCUGAGCAAGGGGAAAAGCCUGUUGGGGGCAUUCAUACCUCGGUGUAAUGAGGAGGGCUACUACAAAGCCACGCAGUGUCACAGCAGCACAGGCCAGUGCUGGUGUGUGGAUAAAUAUGGGAACGAGCUGGCUGGCUCCAGGAAACAGGGCACUGUGAGCUGCGAAGAGGAGCAGGAAACCUCCGGGGACUUCGGCAGCGGUGGCUCCGUGGUCCUGCUGGAUGAUGUGGAGGAUGAGCAAGAGCUGGGGCCAAAGGACCAAGAGGGGAAGCUAAGGGUGCACACCCGGGCCGUGAGGGAAGAUGACGAAGACGAGGAUGAUGACAAAGAAGAUGAGGUUGGGUACAUAUGGUAGUGCCCAUGAGGAAGAGGACACACUUUUGGCACAGAUUUGCAAGUCGCUUCCUUUGCCUGCAUUUGUAUCUAAGACUCCGAGGCCCACAGGUCUCUUCUCCGCUGUUGCUCUCUGUACCAGGGUUAAGGUUUGGGAGACCCCUUCCCAGAGCGUUCUGAAUCUGCAUACAGUUGUGUGGGAGAAAGGAUGUUGUUCUUUUGUUUGUUUUUGUUUUCAUCUGAGGGGGGAAUGGCUGGCUAAGCCUCCUUCCUUCCUGUAAGGUUUUUGCAACUAGCAUGUGAUUGGCGUGGAAUCCGUGGAAUCCACCAGUGCGGGGAGUCCCACCCUCUCGAGCGUCAAAGCCCCUCUCUGAUUACCCACAUUGGUGGUUAUUACAGCAUGGUUCCCAGCCUUAUGUUGUCUAAGUGCUUUCCUUGUGUCCUGUAGAUGUUGUGGAAAACACACCACGCCGUUCCUUUUCCUCCUGUCUCCACCACCUCUGGAGUUUAUUACUGACAAUUAAUUUUCAAUGUCCCUGUAUCUGGCUUCCUACAAAUGACAGCCUUAAUUCAGUUGAAGUCCCUUUGGAGAAUUCAUUUUCGUUCUUAAAAAUUAAGAUCUUGAUGCUUCCCCUUACACACCCACAAACUCGCUUGACUUGCACGCACACCUCUCAGCCAAGUGUCUGGUUGUAGACGGAAAACACUUGAGAGAAACUUUGGCUUUUAGUCAACUUCUCCAGACACGGACAUGGACUGGGAUGUGAAAUUCCUCCUGGGGUCCCCUUGCACUGAUGCCCAUGGCACGCAUAGCCUGCAGGCUGGGGAGGCUCCUCUAUGCAGUUGUGGAGAGACUGGAGGCCGUUUUGAUUUCCAUAAGCCUCUGAUUGCCUAAACUGCCCCCCCACUUCCCCCACAGAAGCCAUGCACUCCCCCUUGGGCAGCUUCACAAGCCAUUUCUUCAUUUUAGCUCAAAGCUCCCCUCAGGAUGCAGCGUAUCCACCCAUGGCAGCUCCCGUCCCCACCCGCAAGGGCUUUUCCUAAGGCAUGCCUCCCGGGUUCUUGCUCUCCAAGAAGACAGCGUCAUGAUAGUCCUUAGGAAAACAAAUUAGGAUUCUUCAUGUUCCCUCCCCCCCACACCCUUUCCAUCCACAAAUCAUGACCAGGGGAUAAAGGCUCUAAAGGGUUCUCUUUCUCACCCCAUUAUUGAAUAGAAACCCCAAUGGAGGCCUAGAAAGUGAUCGUGGUGGCACAAGAAGCUAGUCAAGGAGCCAGCAACCUCCCCUCUGACACAUGUCCGUGUGUGCUGGGGCACCAUGAAAGCAGUUUUACCUCUGUUUAUUCCCUAAGCUCAUUAUUGGCAUCUACUUCCAAUAAUAUCUCUAUAUUAUUCCAGAUUUCUUUCACACAAGUACCAAAGAGUAGACCUCAGUGCAGCCCCAUUCAGGUCAGGGCCAGUUCCCCAAGCUCUGCCUGCUUGCUUCCUACCUAGCCAUUUGCCCUAAGCAGCAAGGACUCAUCAGAAACCAUUUCUGUUUUGCCCUAACCAGUCAUAGCCUGCCAGCACAACCUCUUUGUUGUCCUUACCUCCCCCAAAUGAGUUUUAGCCAGUCCACAAGAGGUCCAUUAACUCAGGCAAGAAGAGUAUUUGGUCAAACGAGUCUGACCCCAAACUGGCCUUCUUCAGUUACCAUUCCCCUCCUUGAACAGGUGGACAAGGUUACACUGGCCCAAGUGUUCUCGCAUGGAAAUGAACAGUCAUUUGCUCCCUUGGCCUGGUAGACACAAGUUCUGCAGGAUGCUGAGCAUCUCCCUUUCUGUGGAGACACAGACUUUCUCAGUUCUGAGAUCUCAAUGACACCCUUCCAAGUCCCAUGGUUUUGAUUUUUCUCUCUCAAAACUGAUCAUAAUUUAGAAAACAGGUGCUCAGUCACCGCUAAAUGGUAAUAGAGUACGUUAAAAAGACACAUUAGGAAGCUCAGUUUAGGCCGCCAGCAUAAACCAUUGUUAUUAUUUCCUUUGAGCUUGGAAAAAAAUGCACAAGAGGACAAGUUAACAAUCGGCAAAUUGAUUUCUCUUCAAGAAACUUCUAGGAACCCAACGAACCACUUAUUUUGUCUAAUUAUCAUAUGACAAGUGUCACAUUAAGAUGACACUUAGAGCUCCUUAACAUUAUCUUGAUGGUGGAGAAGAGUGCUCAAUAGGCAAUUCCCAGGAAGGUAAUGAGAUAUCAUUUCCAGAGAGGUCCCAAGAAGAUGUUUUGAUUCAUUAAAAUAUUAAAUCAAAAGCCCUCCUACGUCUGGAGCCCACGUCAGCAAAGCAACACCAUUUCUUAUGCCCCACCUUGGGUUUUAAAAACAGCUAUUUACAACAGUACUUAAAAUGAGACUUUGUGUUACCUUCUCCUGAGACAUAGAACUUCCCUUGUCCUGUUUGGAGGGAGCCUUUGAUUCCAAUAAUAAUUGCGAGCAUCAUACGAUGCUUUUGAGGCGAAUGCUAUUGUGAUGACUAACCCCUGCUUUGGCGGGUACUUACUGACUUAAUUUUAAAAAAAAACCUUCAGUUGAUACCAUUGCUCUAAUUCUACAAACAGUUAUUUAAUACUACUACUGUGGUAUCCGAGUUAAACCCCGGAAUUCUCUCUCAUCAUGGUUUACUGUCUGCCACAUUAAUGUGUUGGCUUUCCACAGCUAUUCUUAGAAUGGGGAUUUGGCUUCCUCUCGGUUCCUCCAUUAUGCCCACAUGACUACCUAUACCAGAAAUGAUGACUUGUCUGUCCAGGUCUGCCCGUCCCACAAUGCCAUGGGUGUUGGGUUUGCUUUGGUUUUACCUUGACCAACUGUACAGUACAUCGAGGAGUCCUUUCUACCAUGGGUGGUUUUGGUCUUUUUAUGCCUUUUCUCAGUCGCUGACGUUUGUCCCUGUUCAGUGUGUAGCCUUGUAACAAAAGCCCAUCAAAUCCAGAGUGUCAGUUUGUCGUCCCUACUGUAGGUGAAACAGUGAUGCAGAAAACCCAGUACUUUGAAUGCUUUUCCAUGUAGACUUUUCUGGAAUGUGAACACAACUCUUUGGUUAAUAGCAAAUGCUUACCUGUAGUCCCGAGUAGGCGCAGUUCUGUCUGUCUUAAUAAAUUUUACUUUGUCUGCAA